GUAGCACAUUUGAAUUGCUGUGUUGUGUCGCGAGCAGAACGGAACUUUUCCCUCAUCGUGGAAAUAAAAACUAACAAGGUUCGUCAUUCUUGGCUUGAUUCAAAUAGCUCGGCUCGAGUUGCCGGUCGAUUUCUUCACUUUGAAGGAAGGCAACGCUAACGGGCUCGCGCGGCGAGAGCGAGGCUUCUUUCGUGCCGCGGAUUGAGUUAACAAGUGUCGAGUUCACGCCACCAUGGCGACUGUGCGAGUUUUAACAUCCGCGUCGAUUGGAAAAUGAUUCUUAUUGGAAUUGUACCUGCAGGUCGAAAAGGGGGGACGCAGCCGCCAGAUGGAGAGUCCGGCAGGCAGCGAUGUGAUUUAUCUGCUGGACGAGAAGUUCGACUUCGAUGUUUCGCUGUCACCUGACAGCUCCAACUGCGACGAAGACGCGGAUGAUGUCUUUGUGGAGCCAUCCCGCCACGCGGCCAAACGUGCGCCCGAUAACUCGCCCUCCCGGCUUGAGGAAGGGGCCGUGGGCGCACGCGGCGGCUGGAGUCCGCUUUCGGGGGUCCAGCUGGACGCCGUGUGCCAGGAGGCCAAGCGAUUGGCCGAACAGCUGCGGAUGCGGGGCCAGGAUGAGGCCGCCCCCUCCGCCGCCGCCGCCCGGGAAGACGGGGAGCGCUUCAUCCGGGACGGCGCCGCCAAACUGGCUGCGCUGGCGACGCCCCCCGGCCCGUGCGGCCCCGUCAAAAGGCAAACCUUCCUGGUGCAGGACAGCCCCAUGAAGGAGCUGCCCCCGGCUAUCCGGCACCGCUUGCGGCGAGGAAGCGCCGAGCCAGGGGCCCGGGCGACCGCGCUCUCCGCCCGGCUCGGCGCCUCCAGCCCGGCGGGCGGCGUCAAGAUGGCGGCGCCGCUCCGGGGAAGAGCCGCCCUCCUGCCCAACAAGCCGGCCGCCCCGAGGACUUCGUCUUCAACGGGCAGGGGCCCCGGCGCCCAAAACCCCCGAGUGCGGCCGCCCGGCGAAGUUGCUCCUUCCACUUUUCCCGCCUCGCCGCACAGCGGGCGACGUGACCGAUGUACUUUUUCCGCCCUCCAGGUGGCGCCGGGUUGCGAACCCAGUCCGAGUCCCGAUCUCGACAAUCGGGCCCAGCGGCCCGGCUGGGAUCUUCUGUCAGAUGGCGCCAGCGCGGCGCACGACGUCGGCGGCGACUCGCCCCUCAGCUCCGGCGCGGCGGGAAAAAAGCGUCCGCUGGCUCCGCCCAACAAAGCGGCGAGGUCCGGCGCGAAGGCGACGCCGCUUCAGAGCAGGAAUCCCGCCGAAAGGCGCAAGAUGUCGUCGUCCUCGUCCUCCGUCUCCAGCGUCAACUCCAGCCUGUCCCUCUCCCCGGCCGCGGGUAAGCCGAACUCCUCGCAGAACCGCGCGACGGGCGCCUCCGGCGGUCCCGCCGCCCCCGGCAAGGUCGGCCAGCCUGCCAAUCAAAACAAACGCCGCUCCGGCGCGGGUGUCAAAACGGCCACGCAGUCGUCGUCGUCGUCGUUCCCGUCCUGCUACCGCGGCGGCCAAGCCAGGAAUUUAUCCGAGACCAUGAAAGCCGGCGGAUCCUCGCUGCAAAACCAGACCACGCCCCUAAAAAGAAGAACCUCGGUCACCACCACCACCGCUCGGAUUCAAAGUGGCCUGAAGGCAAAAAGCAAACCCGCGGCGCUCGGCCAGACGCCCACACCCAGCAGAGUCGUCACGGGAACAGCUUUUUCCUCUCCUGACGCUUCAAAGGUCCUCAAACCGAAGACACUGAUAACGGCGGCCAGAAUGCAGGGCCUUCAAGCAAAGGCCUCGGGUGGCCCGCUGACGCCCUCUGCAGGCGCGAGCAGACCUCUGCAGUUGCAUUCCCAGCGUCCCUCCGCUCUCCCCACGCCGCUCAAACGCCGGGCGUCGGCCAUUCCCGCGCCCACGCCCGGCAGCCAGAGCCGAAACUCCAGACCCCCCAGAAAGCAGGCGGCCUCGGACUCGGACUGCCCCCCCAGGACCUGCUUCAGUCCCGCCCCCCUUGAUUGGAAUAGGGCGGCGCCUGUCGACGUGCAGCCCUUCUGUCUGGAGGAGGAGCCUCCCGCCGAGGCCAGCCAAUCGGAGAGCCCGCAGGGCAAAGAGCCAUCCCGUCCCGGCCGAUCGGAGCCCGGCGAAGACCCCGUCCAGCCGGAGAGCGCCAAACGGGAGGUUCUUCUGCUGGACCUUCCCGCUCCGACGGCCCCGACCCACGAGAAACUGCUCAUCGACCUGAGAAACACUCCGGACUGGAUCCGAAACGGCACCAAGAACUGUACCGCCACGCAGCAGCUGAUUGACUUAAGUUCGCCGCUCAUCAAGUGGAGUCCGGAAGACAAGAAGGAGAACAGCGCCCCCCUCAUCAACCUGUCCUUCUGAAACGCGCACACACCGAGUGAAAAGAAUGAAUGAAUGAAUGAAUUUCCUCUUCCUGUUUGAUUUUAUUCCUUUCUGCUGUUAAGAAUGCAUAAGUAAAUAAAUUGUACAUUUAUCUUGA